AUGCUGAAGUUCUUCUCUGCGCGGGAUGACGAGAAUGAAAGCCUGCUGGGAGCAAUAACAGAGGAUGAAGGAGACAAUCCGUCUCUUCAGGACACCGAGCAUCACUGGCUGAACAGACCCUGUCUGCUGGUGCUGAAAGAUGGGGAUGUGUCAAAACCUGGACUGGGCUGCAGACAGAUCGGACCAGAAUCUCCCUCUAAAGCCGCUUCAUAUGCAACCGUCAGAACCACUUUUGCACCGUGUGAGCAGAAACCAUCUGAACAUCCUGUCAAAGUUGCUUCACCCUCGCAGCUGGAGGAGGGCAGCUGCACUUUGACCACCAUCUCCUCAUGGGGUGAGAGUUGUUUCGCGGAGUCAUCCAGCCCCCUGCUGCUGAGCCCCGCCGAAGCUGCGUGGCCAGAGGAGGAGGCGGAGGUAGAGGAGAAGAAACCCCAGGCUCUCCCAUCAAAGGAGGACUCUGUAAUUGAGGAGAAGGAGCUGGAGGAGAGCGUGCUGGAGCAACAACAAGAGCAGCCCUGCAGCUCGGAGGCGACUGCAACACCUUCUGCUCUUUCACAUGAGGAGGCGUGUGGCAGGGUGUCCAGGGAGCUCCAGACUCAGUCUAAGAUGGCCAAAUCUAACGGAGGAGAUGAGAGAAACACCAGCACGGCCCAGGCAGCCAGUGGGGAGGGAUGCAUGGGAGACUCAGCAGCCUCCCCUGGGGAUCCUGAUAAUGAGUGCCAGCCGAGUCCUGCUGGUAUUCUGUCCAAGGAUCGAGGCAGUGUCCUUGGAGAGGUACCACCGGUGUGGGUCCCUGAUGCACAGGCGCAGGUUUGCAUGAAGUGUGGGGUAAAGUUUACGUUCACGAAGAGGAGGCACCACUGCCGUGCUUGUGGGAAGGAGGCCUGUGGUCCUUAUGGCUGGGGCACCACAGCUUUAGUGAGCAGCUCUGCCAACCUCAUCCCCCUGGAUGGCCUGCCUCCCAUCCUUACGUCCACGGGAGUCAAAGGAGAUUACACCGUGGAGGAGCAGCCCUCUGAGAUGCUGCUUAUUCAGGAGCUGGAGAGCGGCAGGCCCAGGCCCCUGGUGUUUGUCCUCAAUGCCAACCUACUUGCUAUGGUCAAGCUGGUCAACUAUGUUAACAGGAAGUGCUGGUGCGUGACGACAAAAGGAAUGCAUGCUGUGGGCCAGGUGGAGGUGGUGGUGCUGCUGCAGUUCCUGCCUGAAGAAAAAAGCUUCCCCAAAGACAUUUUCAGACACUUCAUCCAGCUGUACAGGGACACCCUCACAGGGAAGGUUGUGAGACACCUGUCGCUCUCCCUGUUUGGCAGUAGUUUCUUAGGCAGUGAGGAGCACGCAGGCUUCCUGUAUGUUCACUCCACUCUCCAGUCGCUUCAGGGUCUACCUCUGCCAAACCAGCCCUACCUCUUUGGCCUGCUGGUCCACAGAGCGGAGGUGGCCUGGGCUAAAGCCUUUCCCUUGCGUCUCAUGCUGCGACUCGGGGCUGAGUACAGAUUUUACCCGUGCCCUUUGUACAGUGUGCGCUUUAGGAAGCCCUUGUUCGGGGAAAUAGGUCACACCAUUAUGAGACUACUAGUGGACUUUAGGAAUUACCGUUACAGCCUACCAAUGGUGCUGGGGCUCACUGUGGAUCUAGAGGCUCAGAGGACCUGCAUAAAGAUACCGACCACUGGUUAUAAUGAGCUAAUGAAGGCUUUGAAUAAGUCCAAUGAGCAUGUGCUGGCCAUAGGGGCGUGCUUCAAUGAGAAUGCAGACUCCCACCUCAUCUGUGUGCAAGGAGACAGUGGCCAGUAUCAGACCCAAGCCAUCAGCAUCCACAAUCAGCCACGCAAAGUUACUGGAUCAUGCUUUUUUAUAUUCAGUAGUGCUCUGAAAGCGUCUGCGGGAUACCUGGCCAAGUCCAGCAUUGUCGAAGAUGGCCUAAUGGUGCAGAUCACCGUGGAAACCAUGGCAGAGCUCCGUCGGUCGCUACGGGAGAUGAAAGACUACACCGUCACCUGUGGGCGGCUUGACCAAUCAGACAGCCAGGAGCUUGUUUGUGUACAGUGGGUGGAGGAAAAAUGUACUGUGAAUAAGGGAGUUAUAAGCCCCAUCGACGGGAAGUCAAUGGAGUCCAUUGGCAGUACGAAGAUGUUCCAGAAGUCAGAAUACAAAGAAAAUGGGAAGAUCAUCCGCUGGACAGAAGUGUUCUUCUUGCAGAGGGGGGAUCAUCCCAAGGGGGGAGCGACUGACUCUGCUGAACACAACCGGCUAACGGAGCGGAUUGCCCGGGCGUUUUGCUUGGCACUGUGUCCACACCUCAAACUGCUGAAAGAGGACGGGAUGGCCAAACUGGGGCUGCGUGUCACUUUUGACUCUCAAGAGGUAGGAUUUGUGGCUGGAAGCAACGGGCAGCCCCUCCCAGCUCGGUACCUCAACGCCCUCGAUAGCGUGCUGAUCCCUGUCAUACACAGCAGGGGGCACAAGAGGGGCGAUGAGCCCAUCGUGAUGGAGCUUAUCUUUUACAUCCUGGAGAACAUCACUUAGAGAACACACACGCCCCACCAUUUCCUCUUUUUAACCCUGACCACAACUCUGUCUAUGGCACUUCUCUUCAGGGCUGCCAUCGGUUUCAGGGCAAUAAAAGCAUUCAAAGGGCGAACCAGAACACGUCCAAGGUCCACAUCCAUCUCAUCCACUCACAAGUAGAGGGAAGUGGCCUGACUCUUUAGUGGUUUUCUUAACUCACUCUGCCCUGCAGCAGACAAUCUGGGUACGCAUGAAACCUAUGAUGGACCAUCAGUUCAGGGUGCUGUCUUGCACUGUAGUAGCAACUUCAUAGCUUGAUAUCAUUCAUUUCACGAUGUUCAAUACAAUUUCCAAUAUGAAGAAUACCUUUAAAGUGGGAGCUGGAUUCGGCCCCACGACUUUAAAGCAAAGAGAAAAAGAGACUGACUUGAAGUACUGUAUGUAGUAGAUCUGUAGCAAUUUGAUGCACACUGAAUG